UUCUUCACUCCCUCUCUUUCCCCUUUCCUCUCUCUCCCUCUCUUACUUAGAGGCUCCAUUCACUCCGCGCUCGCCUGGGUCGCUGCUGCUGCUGCUGCGUUUGCUGCUCCUUCGCUCCCCCGCUCGCUUCCUUACGGGAUACCAAAAAGAAAAAAAAAAGUUGCAGCGGAGCUAGGGCUUUCGAAACAUGAGCGAGCUGGAAGGGGACUUUGCCAAGCUCUUGCUGCUGAAGGAUGAGCGGAUUAAAGAGCUGGAGAAGCGCUUGUCCGAGAAGGACGAGGAGAUCCAGGAGCUGAGGAGGAAGCUGCACAAGUGUCAGUCCGUGCUGCCCGCGCCCACCACCCACAUCGGACCCCGCACCACCCGGGCACAAGGCAUCUCCGCCGAGCCCCAGACCUAUCGCUCCUUCCACGAUCUCCGGCAGGCGUUUCGGAAAUUCACCAAAUCCGAAAGGUCAAAGGAUCUAAUAAAGGAAGCUAUUCUUGACAAUGACUUCAUGAAGAAUCUAGAACUGUCACAGAUCCAGGAGAUUGUGGAUUGUAUGUAUCCAGUGGAAUAUGGCAAGGACAGUUGCAUUAUCAAAGAGGGAGAUGUCGGUUCACUGGUAUAUGUCAUGGAAGAUGGAAAGGUUGAAGUGACAAAGGAAGGUGUGAAACUGUGCACCAUGGGACCUGGCAAGGUAUUUGGGGAACUCGCUAUCCUUUACAACUGCACCCGGACAGCCACCGUCAAAACUCUCGUAAAUGUGAAACUUUGGGCUAUUGAUCGGCAAUGUUUUCAAACAAUAAUGAUGAGGACAGGCCUCAUCAAGCAUACAGAGUAUAUGGAAUUUUUAAAAAGCGUUCCUACAUUCCAGAGCCUUCCUGAAGAGAUACUCAGUAAGCUUGCUGAUGUCCUGGAAGAGACGCACUAUGAAAAUGGAGAGUACAUUAUCAGGCAAGGUGCUCGCGGGGACACUUUCUUCAUAAUCAGCAAAGGCAAGGUAAAUGUUACUCGUGAAGAUUCGCCUGGAGAAGAUUCAAUCUUCCUCCGUACUUUAGGAAAGGGAGAUUGGUUUGGAGAAAAAGCACUCCAGGGGGAAGAUGUUCGGACAGCCAAUGUUAUCGCUGCUGAAGCUGUAACAUGUCUUGUCAUCGACAGAGACUCUUUCAAACAUCUGAUUGGGGGCCUGGAUGAUGUUUCCAAUAAAGCAUAUGAGGAUGCUGAAGCAAAAGCAAAAUAUGAAGCCGAAGCUGCCUUCUUUGCCAACCUGAAACUAUCUGACUUCAACAUCAUUGACACACUUGGAGUUGGAGGUUUUGGAAGAGUUGAGCUGGUCCAGUUGAAAAGCGACGAAUCAAAAACGUUUGCAAUGAAGAUACUAAAGAAACGCCACAUAGUGGACACAAGACAGCAGGAGCACAUCCGCUCAGAGAAGCAGAUCAUGCAAGGGGCUCACUCAGAUUUUAUUGUGAGGCUAUACAGGACGUUCAAGGACAGCAAAUAUUUAUAUAUGUUGAUGGAAGCCUGUUUGGGUGGAGAGCUUUGGACAAUUCUCAGGGACAGAGGUUCAUUUGAAGAUUCUACAACCAGAUUUUAUACUGCAUGUGUGGUAGAAGCUUUUGCCUAUCUGCAUUCCAAAGGAAUCAUUUAUAGGGACCUCAAGCCAGAAAACCUCAUUUUAGAUCACCGAGGUUAUGCCAAACUGGUCGAUUUUGGCUUUGCAAAAAAAAUAGGAUUUGGAAAGAAAACAUGGACUUUUUGUGGAACUCCAGAAUAUGUAGCCCCAGAGAUCAUCCUGAACAAAGGUCACGACAUUUCAGCAGACUACUGGUCACUGGGAAUCUUAAUGUAUGAACUCUUGACUGGCAGUCCACCAUUCUCAGGCCCAGACCCCAUGAAAACUUAUAACAUCAUACUAAGGGGGAUUGACAUGAUUGAAUUUCCAAAGAAGAUUGCCAAAAAUGCUGCUAACCUAACUAAAAAACUAUGCAGGGACAACCCAUCAGAAAGACUAGGGAACUUAAAAAACGGUGUCAAGGAUAUUCAAAAGCACAAGUGGUUUGAAGGCUUUAACUGGGAAGGUUUAAGAAAAGGUACAUUGACACCUCCUAUAAUACCAAGUGUUGCAUCUCCAACAGACACAAGCAAUUUUGAUAGCUUCCCUGAGGACAACGAGGAACCACCACCUGAUGACAACUCAGGAUGGGACAUAGACUUUUAAUGUAUUUCUCUUACCUGCUUCUGCCUUGCUGAAGACAGCUUCCUGAGACAUGGCUGCCAGCAGACCUGAAGGAAUUGGGAAGGAUUAGUGCUCGGGGUCACCAUGAUGCCUUGAUUGAUGCUGCUAAAGUAACUACAGUGGCAUUAGGACUUCUCGCUUAGAUGACAAUAGUGCUCUUCACAUGUUUUCUGUUUGAACUUAACAUAGCAGUUGACAUGGUGGUCCUGAAGCAAGCCUUUUUCAUCAGUAAUUAAAUGUGUUUUCUAUCACUGUAAUGAACUUGCUCCAGCCGUAAUUUGAAAGUUGAUAGAAUAAGAUGCACAUAAUUCUAGCUGCAAUAUCAUUGUAUUGCUAAUUCUGUUCUGAAAUGUUAAGUACUGUAGAAUCUACAGUGUAGGAUCUGGGGUACUCCCAAAAGGAGUGUGUUGGGCCUCUUAAAGCGGGCCAACGUAUUAAACCAAUGAGGACCACAAAGCUAUUGGUCUUGGAGUUAAUGUCAAAGCAGUGCUAUAUAGGUUGUCUUUCUUUUUGAGCAGUAUUCAUGACAAGAAUGAAUGUUACCCUUUUCCAUAUUUAAUUUCUGAUGUGCUUUUUCCUCUCCCAAACUGAUAACAAAAGCACAACUGCUACAGUUUUUAUUGAACUGUUAAAGCAAGUUUGGGUCGGUCGGUUCUCACACGUAUCUGAGAACAUGGUCUAACAUUUAAUUUUGUUGGUACAGCUACAUAAGAGCAUGUAGAAGAUUAUUCAUAAAACUACUCAUUUUACAUAUUAUAUAUAAAUAUAUAUAUAAUAACUAUAUUAUAAACAAAGAGAAAUGUGCUUAUCAAAAGGUCCUAGAAAGGAAAUGAUAGCAGCCAACUGGUCCAAUAGGAAUUUACACUGAGCUUAAAAUAACAUUUACCUUUUAGAGCCCAAGGAGGGAAAAUGCAAGACUCACUGCAUACUAUAUAGGUGCUAUGUACAUUUUUUAAUCCAUGAAAUAACCAAACAUCCACAAUCAUUUUUCAGGAAAAUAUGUAGCAAGGAAUGUGAUUGUCAAUUAAAAUCUCAAAAUAAUAUUUACACACACACACGUUUUUGCUGCUCCUUCAUAUAGCAUUGCCAUCAUUUGUUUUGCUUUUUGCCAAAUUCUCUUAGUCCCACUGUUUUCUAGCUGUAUUUUGAUUAUUUCAAACAUUAAAUAAUUCAGCUCUCCUCGUGAAACGUAAAAACUAAAAAACUAAAAAACAUGGAGCUGAAAUGUGUGCAGCUGAAAUGGACCACUUCAAAAUCCCAUUCAUAUCAAAGGGAGAGUUGAGUGCAUACAGAAAUUAAUGAGAGUUUAAAACGUUUCAGUUUGGGUGAAUCAUACUUACUAGGCUUGAGCCUUCUAACAUAUAUGUGUCACUCUUUUGACAGUAAUAGAUUAUAAAAACAUAGAACAAUGAUAAGAAUCUCAGUGAAGACAUCUACCGAGAAUAUACUUGCACCUUCCAAUAUACUUGCACGUUUAGAUGAAGUAAUCUCACUGCUAAUGCAGCCUUACAACAGUGUUUUUAUUAGUUCAAUAAAAAACCACCCCUACAACCCACUUUUAAGAUGCCAUCACAUAAUAUGAAAUGCCAGUGAAGAUAAACACAUCUAUUCCCUUGUUCAUUUCCCUCCACUGGGGAGUAACACCACUGCAAUCUCACAAUAACCUGAAUCCAAAAAAAGCAAUUUUCAUCUCCAGUUUUGCUCUUUAUGAGUUAACUUAGCCCUCUCCUUUUUGAAAAUCCGUGUUCCUCCUAGCUUCCAUCUUUCUUGUACUUACACCUCCCUCCUCCUUAAUUUGCCCUUUCCAAUAUUUCACUUCCUUUGGAAUUAAUAGGGCUUGAAUUCAGGCAAAACUCCAGAUGGGACUUAAGUUCAGCUAACUCACGGCACAACCCAGUGCAUGCUUUACUCAGAAGUAAAUCCCACUGUUUUCAUGCAAAAAUGAAGAAUGCAUAGGAUACGGCCUCAGUGUAGAUCCAACCCAAUUUGUUUAAUGAAAAAUUUCAAACUCUCUUUAGGUUAUAUGCAUUCAAAGCAGUUAGUUGUAACUUACAACAGCAUGUUUGUUAAAUGUAUAUCACUGCAAAAAAAGUUUUUUAGACUUAUAUGAUUUAGGAAACACAGCAGAACUGUGUUUUCAGUUUGUUUCUCCCAGAAGCAAUGUUGAGAUACAAUGCAGUUUGUUUGUUUUUUACUAACUCAAUAUAAACUACGAAAUAGCCCUCAAAAUCUUCGCUUCUUAAAAAUUAGCAGCUGCUCAAUCAACCUUUUCAGUUUCUCAAGGCCGCCAGGCUGCUGGUCUUAUACAUUAGAAGAGAAUGUGUGGGUUUAAGGAGUGAAAAAGAGCUAUCAUGGACUUCCUUAUAUACUUGCACAUUUGACAUUAGCAUAACUCUUUCAGGAGUCAUUCCUGUUUGACACUGGUAUACAUUACAGCAAACUUGUGAUCCUAUUUCCUCGAAAUAACCAAGAUAUUCAAGCCCUUUUUUAGGGGGCAGGAAUGCCUUCCCACUAUUUGUUGUGUCAUCCACCUGAUUGAUUGUGAUAAAACAACCAUGAGCAUUAGUGGUCAGGAACAACAUAACCACUGGAUCUUAGGAAAGAGCACUCUCCAGUACAUAAAGGAUCAGGAGUAGGAAUAUUUGUGGGAACACUAGGAUCCAACCACAAACAAACACAGCAGCACCAUUUGGAGUCUGCUUCAGAGCUUCCAAAACUUUACACCACUAUAACAUGACAAGUCUUCCCCUACACUGAUGCAUUUGCACAUUCGUCCUUACACAGCUUCUUAUGAGCUGUUUAGAGUUGUUCUGGCCAAAACCAGCAUCAGCAAGGACUAUGAAGCCUUCUUGGCUAGUGAGGUGCAGCUAGACAGAGAUAUCACCGUUUCCUAAGUACUGUACUGGAUUGUGCUGAAGCUGAAGGGGCAUGCUAUUUGCUUGCUUACUACAAUUUAUCAAAAGAGACAUUAAAAUAUAGCAAUUAAAACAUGGGUAAGUAAAGCAGAAGGAAGUAAAAACAAAAAUAAAGUGCUACUUUAUUUAAUCCUAUAAAAUCAGUCUACAGAAGGUACUUUAUUGUAUACCAGGAAUUAUUACAGAAUCUGCAUACAGUAGCUGUAAUCACAGACCUUCCAGCAUGCAAAAUCUAGUUAACCAUUGUGGCAAUAAUCCCAGAUAGUGCUGGAUGUACCAAUAAUCUUUUCCAGGGGUCAGCAAACUUUUUCAGCAGGGGGCCAGUCCACUGUCCCUCAAACCUUGUGGGGGGCUGGACUAUAUUUUUUUGGGUGGGAAUGAACAAAUUCCUAUGCCCCACAAAUAACCCAGAGAUGCAUUUCAAAUCAAAGGACACAUUCUACUCAUGUAAAAAACAUGCUGAUUCCCGGGCCGUCCGUGGGCCGGAUUUAGAAGACGAUUGGGCCACAUCCGGCCCCCGGGCCUUAGUCUGGGAAUCCCUGGUCAAUAUCAUUAAACUUUGCUUGCAAGUGCAUGAAAUCAAAUAUGCCGCUUCAGAGUUAUCCUUCAAUUUAAUCUGACAAUUCUUCACAUUCAUGAAGCUAUCAACAACUUGAACAGAGGUUUUCUAAGCAGAUAUACAUCAUUCUUCAAUAAGUAAAUAUAUCAACAGUUUUCUGGAAGAACAUAAUUUCAUGUAACUCAGGCUUCUAAAACUAAUAGUCAGCCUCCUGCUUUUUAAACUAUAAACCAAUAAAAGACAGCAAAAAGCUUUACAUCAUCAUUUAUCAUUUCUGCUGCUCAUUAAACCAGUAUGCCAAAAACAAACCUCUGUGUUGCAAUGAGAACCAAUCACCGUCUAUAUUUCUGUGAUUCAUUAAACCAGUAUGGCACAAAAUAAAAAAAAUUCCUUCCAGCAGCACCUUAAAGACCAACUAAGUUUUUAUUUUGGUA